UUGUAGAAAGAGCACACCUAUGAAGAUAUAAUCCGAUGUUGCUUUAAUUUCUGACUUAACCGAUACUUAAGGAUUUGGGUGAAACCAGUCAGUAAAGUAGAACACAGAUGCACUGUGAUUGCGGAUUGUGUGCAUGAGCUCGGCCUAAGGGAGAAAACAAAAGUGAAACUGUUGUUGAUCGGAAGCCAUUACAGAUCUGUCUGCGGUAAAAUAUACAGUGUCUCCUGAAGGAAUGGCGUCAAACAUCUCUGCCCUGGAAGAGGAGCUCUCCUGUCCCGUGUGCCGUGACAUCUACAGGGAUCCUGUUGUCCUCCUCAAGUGUAGCCACAGCUUCUGUAAAGACUGUCUGAAGAAAUACUGGGGGGAGAAGAGCUCUCGGGAAUGUCCAGUGUGUAGGAGGAAGUCUUCUAUGGAACUUCCUCUCAACCUGGCUCUGAAGAACACAUGUGAGGCCUUCUUACAGGAGAGAAAUCAGGGAGCUGCAGCAGAGACGGAAGUUCUGUGCCAUCUGCACAAAGAGAAACUCAAACUCUUCUGCUUGGACGACCAGAUUCCUGUGUGUCUAAUUUGCCAAACCUCGAAAAAACACGAAAGUCAUAAAUUCCGGCCGGUUCAGGAAGUUGCACGAGAAUACAAGGAGGACCUCAGGGCUAAACUGAAGCCCCUACAGGAGAAGCUUCACACUUUUAAUGUUGUAAAGCAGACCUGGGGACACGCAGCAGAGUAUAUCAAGAGCCAAACCCGGGAUACGGAGAGGCAGAUAAAGGAGCAGUUUGAGCAACUUCACCAGUUCCUCAAGGAUGAAGAGGAAGCCAGGAUAGCUGAACUGAGGGAGGAAGAGGAGCACAAGAGUGACAUGAUGAAGGAGAAGAUUGAGAAGAUGACACAAGAGAUUUCAUCCCUUUCAGGGACCAUCAGAGCCGUAGAACGGGAGCUGGGAGCUGAAGACGUCUCGUUCCUGCAGAGCUACAAGACUACAGAACAAAGAAGAUCACAGGUGAGAGUGAAGGAUCCAGAGGAGGUUCCAGGAGCUUUGAUUAAUGUGACCAAACACCUGGGCAACCUGAAGUACAGAGUGUGGGAGAAGAUGCUGGACGUUGUUCAGUACACUCCUGCGGUUCUGGAUCCCAACACAGCAAACCCACAACUCAUAUUGUCUGAGGAUCUGACCAGUGUGAGAUACAGUAACAGGAAACAGCAGCUUCCUGAGAACCCAGAGAGGUUUAUAUGGGGGUGUGUUCUGGGCUCUGAGGGAUUCAGCUCAGGGAAACACAGGUGGGAUGUAGAAGUUCGAGAGGAACAUCCUUGGAAGGUGGGCAUAGCCAAAGACUCCAUCAACAAGAAGGGUUACUUCCCCCUCAUUCCAGAAGGAGGGGUGUGGGGCAUAGAGCAGCAUGAUGGGAAAUACAGCGCAAUGACCUCACCUCCCACCCUUCUCACAGUGGUGAAGAAACCCCAGAAGAUCAGGGUGCAGCUGGACUGGGACAGGGGGGAACUGUCAUUUUCUGACCCCAGUCACAACACUCCUCUCUACACUUUUACACACACUUUCUCUGAGAAGCUCUUUCCAUUCUUCUCUCCUGGUUCGACUCCUCUCCGAAUAUGCCCUGCAAAAGUGAGUGUCCUGAAAUAGUGUAGUAUGUUAAAAAGAAACACUUUUCAACAAGAGGAGCUUUCCUGUCCUGUGUGCUGUGAUGUCUACAGGAUCCUGUGGUCCUCAAUGUAGCCACAGCUUCUGUGAAGACUGUCCAAAGAAGAGCUGGAAGAGGAACUUUUUUGAACCCAGUCUUAUGCCAAAGCUUCUCUUUAUGUGACUGACAUGUCAGCAGGAAAUGAACUAAUCGCACUGACAAACACUGAGCCUUUAUACAAUUACGCAAUGAAUCUGGAUUGCAUAGAAUGUUCUGGAGGGCAAUUUGUAUUUUCAGCCUACAUCAAAUUAUGCUUAAUUUUAUGUAGGUGGAAGCUAAUAAAGAAUAAUAAAG